AUGACGAAGGUAGCAAAAGGUCUGGCGGGUGUUGUGGUGGACACGACAGAGAUUUCCAACGUACAGGCGCAAGGCGCUCUGAGUUAUCGCGGUCAUGCCAUAGAAACCCUGGUAGAUCGCCCGUUCUUUCAGGUUGCCAAUCUGGUUGUGAGCGGUGAAAUGGACGACUCCUUACAUCAGCUGUUACAACCAUCGAUGAACCUGACGUCCGCAGAGACUGACUUUGUAUUGCAGGUGCCUGCGCAGAUGCACCCUAUGAAGCUCCUGCAGGGCAUUGUGCCGCUGUUAUCCGGCAGCAACGAUCUGGGCUUCGGAGAGGCCGACCAGGGCCUGCAUGUGGCGGCAAAGUUACCCGCAGUGGUGGCAACCCAUCUGCGCCGUAAGGCGAUUGAAGUGGACCCUGCUGUGGGUUAUGCGGAAGCUUUUCUGCGUGCCAUUGGUAAUACCGCCAGCACCGAGCACGUUGAAGCGUUCAACACCGCUCAGAUACUGCAACUCGACCACGGAUUUAAUGCAGGCACCUUUGCGGCGCGGGUGGUGGCCUCUACUGAAGCGUCGGUGGAAUCGAGCAUUGCAGCGGGUAUCGGUGCCUUGUCCGGACCCUUGCAUGGUGGUGCGGAUCAGGCCGUUUUAGAAAUAGCUGACACGUUAGCGUCGGUCGCUGCUGCGCGUGACUAUGUGGCCAAAGCAUUGGCCGCAGGUGAAAAAGUGCCUGGUAUGGGCCAUCGCGAAUAUCGCGCAGUGGACCCACGCGCGGUAUGUCUGCAAGCCUGGGUAGAGAAGCUUGCAAUCGGCAGCGAACAUGAGCCGGUGUAUCACGUACUGCGGGAGAUCGAUACGCAAUUUGCAGCAGCCAUGGCCGAACGGGGUAAAGCCCUGCAUGCUAAUGUUGAGUUUUACAAGGGCCUGGUUUUACGCGUUGUUGGUCUGCCGAAUCAUUUCUUUACUGCCGCUUUUGCGAUGGCGCGCUCGUUUGGCUAUGUCGCCCACUUCAUUGAAAGUCGUAAAGAUAACCGGAUCUUCCGGCCGCAGGCUGAGUAUAUAGGCAAUUUGAUCACCGCGGAUACUCAACAAUGGCUGCGCGAUAAUGCGCUCAACGUGCUGGAUUCCGUUGUCGAUGCCAUCAUUACGAUUGACGCGGAUGGCAUCAUUCAGUCGGUCAACGCAGCAACGUUGACCCUGUUUGGUUAUACCAGUACACAAUUGGUGGGUCAGCCUGUCACAAAGCUGAUGCCGGAGCCGCAUAAAGCUCUGCAUCAAAGUUACAUAGAACAUUUUUUGAGUACGCGCAAAGCGCAAAUCAUUGGCAUCGGACGCGAACUCACCGCGGUGACUCAUGACGGUGAGAUUUUCCCCAUCUACCUUGCGGUCAAUGAAAUUAAAACAGACCAGGGUUCCUACUUCGCGGGCAUCAUCCGCGAUUUAACCGAGCAGAAAGCCAAUCAGCAGGCAUUGCUUGAGCAGCGUGAACGUUUAGCGCGUGUGGGUCGAUUGAGCACAAUGGGCGAAAUGACAGCCAGUAUCGCCCAUGAAAUCAACCAGCCGCUGACGGCCAUUGCCGCUUAUGCACAAGCGUGUAUGAAGCUGUUAGAAAAAGAUGAGCCCGACCUUUCCAGGGUGUCUGACGGACUGCGCAAACUGAAUACCCAGUCUUUACGUGCUGGUGCCGUUAUUGAACGGAUUCAGCGUUUUGUGCGCAAUGAGGGCAGCCAGAAAGAGCUGGUUGACCUCAAUGAGUUGAUGCGUGACCUGCUGCAUCUGGCCGCUGCAGAUGCGCGUUUGCAUAGUGUUGAGCUCAACUUUGACCUGCAACCGGAUCUGCCGGCGUUAUACUGUGAUCCCGUACAGAUUCAACAGGUAGCGCUCAACCUUAUACGCAACGGCAUUGAUGCCAUGCUUGAAGUAGACUGCGUGCACGGACGCGAUGUGCUGGUUUCAACACGGAUGGUAGGCACACAGGCUGAAGUCGCGGUGAAAGACCUCGGUACUGGUGUCAGUGAGGUCACGGGUCUACGUUUUAUUUCCGUUUACCCGCCGGAGAAGAGAAUGAGUGACACUGAAAAAGUAUUUAUUGUUGACGACGACGAAGCCGUGCGUGACGCCAUUGGCAUGUUGCUUGAAACUGUAGAUAUUCCAUACAUCACCUAUCCUGACGCGCUGACGUUUCUUGAGCAGGCGAACCUGAAUAAUGUGAAUUGCCUGGUGCUGGAUAUCCGCAUGCCGGGUAUGAGUGGUCUGGAGUUACAGGAAAAGCUUGCAGCUAUGAACAUUGAACUGCCGAUUGUCUUCAUCACCGGGCAUGGUGAUAUUCCGAUGGCGGUGGAAGCCAUGCGUCGUGGCGCGGUGGAUUUUUUACGUAAGCCGUUCCGUGAUCAGGAGCUGCUUGAUCGCAUACAGGAAGCUUUAUCCCGAGAUGCACAACACCGCGACCAGGCAGCAGAUUCUGUGCAGCUGAAAGAGCGCAUUGCUGAUCUGACGCCGCGUGAGCUGGAGGUCUUCCAGCGUGUUGCGAAAGGUCAGGCAAAUAAGGUAAUAGCUAUUGAGCUGGGUAUCAGUGAACGCACCGUUGAGAUUCAUCGCAGCAAUGUGAUGCAGAAAACCAGUUCACGUUCGCUGGCGGAUCUGGUCCGUUUGCUGAUCAAACUGGAAGAGCUGGCAAAUAACGAGGUGCGUGGCUGGACCGUCGAGCAGGAAGUCUUCGACAGUAUCAAUGCCAAUGAAAUAAAUGAAAAGUACCUGGCGGAUGUGCCGCUGACAGGCUUAUCUGUUUCUAUGGAUAUAGCCACGUCUAUGCAGGGUGCUGAGAUAGUUGUGCUGGCGCUGCCCAGUCAUGUUGUAUUGAAAGUGGUUGACGAUGUAUUGCCGCACCUUCGCCCCGGACAGAUAUUGUUGGAUCUGGCUAAAGGGCUUGCGCCAGGUGAUCAGCUUAUUUCAAAUGUGAUCGAGGAGAAACUCAAAGCGCAAAAUCUUGAUAAUCAGCUCUGCGUGAUGAUGGGGCCAACCAUAGCGCCAGAAUUGGCUCGCGGUGUCUAUACCACAGCACUGGUGGCAUGUAACGAUGUUGCUCUGGCGACGUCGAUGGCAAAAAUUCUCAGCACCCAGAGCUUAAGUCUGGCGGCGGCAGAUGAUCCUUUAGGCGCCGAAUACUGGGGUGCUUUUAAGAAUGUUAUUGCACUCGCGUGUGGGGUUGUUGAUGGUUUAAAAGAAGAUGGGCGCGGUGGUGACAACCUGAAAGCUGCCGUAUUUACCGCCGGCUAUCGCGAAGCUUCGCUGUUGUUGCCAGAGAUGGGCGCCUCCCCUGCCACUGCUUUAAGCGCCGCGGGCAUUGGAGAUCUGUUUGUGACUGCAACUUCCCCAUUUGGCAGAAAUCGCGAGAUGGGCGAGCGAUUGGGGCGUGGUCAGAGUCUGGCUGAGGCAGAGGCUGAUAUGGUGAUGGUCAGUGAAGGCGUGCGUGCGGCGCGUAUGUUUAAGGAACUGUUUGCAUCAGCAGGUCUCUCAGCCCCGUUUGUAGAUACGGUUUGCGCUCUGCUGGAUAACGAUGUAGAUAUCGAUGGGUUCCUUGAGCGGGUGAUGGCGCCCAGCUAA